CCGGCGCCGCCAUGGCCGCGUCCCCCGCCCAGCGGGGCCGCUGGGAGCGGGAGCAGGCCCGGCUGAGGGCCAGCGUGCUGGAGGAGGACACGGAGCCCUGGCAGAAGGAGCCGCAGUUCGCGGGGCUGCACAGAGUGGGAGGCGUGGAUCUGUCCUACAGCAAGGGGGACGAGAGCCGUGCCUGCGCCUCCCUGGUCGUGCUCAGCUACCCGGACCUGCAGGUGCUGUACCAGGACUGCCGCAUGGUGCCCGUCACCGCCCCGUACGUGGCCGGGUUCCUCGCCUUCCGAGAGGUGCCUGUCCUGGUGGAAGCCGUGCAGAGACUUCAGCAGGAGGAGCCCCAGCUCCAGCCUCAGGUGCUUCUGGUGGAUGGGAAUGGCCUGCUCCAUCCCAGAGAGUUUGGCAUAGCCUGUCACCUCGGAGUCCUGACAGACCUGCCGUGCAUCGGCGUGGCCAAGAACCUCCUGCACGUGGAUGGCUUGGUCAGGGAUGAGCUGCACAAGGAACAGGUUCGUUCCCUGCAGAGGUCAGGAGAGGCAUUCCCACUGACAGGCACCUCGGGGAAGGUCCUGGGCAUGGUGAUGCGGAGCCACAGCAACAGCUCCAGGCCCCUGUAUGUGUCCGUGGGGCACCGGGUGAGCCUGGGCACGGCCGUGUCCCUGGUCAGGGCCUGCUGCCGCUUCCGCAUCCCGGAGCCCAUCCGGCAGGCUGACAUCAGGUCCAGGGAGUACCUGCGGAGGCAGCCCUGUGCUCCCGUGGAGGGGCUGCAGGCCGUGCCUGCCAGCCCUCAGAGCAAAAAGGAGGCUGAAUCAGAGGAUUAGCCUGGUGCCAGAAGAAAGUGCAGAGCUUCUCUUCACUGGGUCCUGUCCUGCACAAGGCUGGGUCCUGCUGGGUGCAGGAGCCCAAUGCCACCCUGGGCACAGCUGUGCCAGGCUGUGUCCCGCAGCACAGCACCAGCCACUGCUCGGGGAGAGUCCUUGCAGUGAAUUUCUCAGGGUUCCUUUUCCAAUACUGUUAAAGUCUUUGUGUAAGCAAAGCUCACGUGAGGGUUUGCAGCACCUCACUGGAGUCCUUGUGCGGCUGCAGGGCUGAUUUACAGAGGUGCUGAGGCGCUGCAGAGGCAGCCUGUGUGUGCCACCACGCCUCUGUGGCUCUCUGAGAGCCCUCCCUUCCCUCUGGUUUUGGAGCAGUUCCCCUGUCCCUGCAGCCUGGGCUCUCCAUUCCCCCUGCACAUCCCUGGGGAGCAGCAGCCCCACUUGCAGCUCUCCUGGAGGAGGGAUCAUCUCAGGGGAAAGGAUGAGGGAACCCUCUCCCUCCCAGGGGCUUGGGGAGUCAUUCCUGGCACACAGAGAGCUCCAAGUGCCCAAAUCCCAGCCUGGAGACCUGAGGAGCAGAGCCCAGAGCCUCUGUGCCCAAAUCAUCCUCAACCCUGGUCCAUCCUGCAGGACCAAAGCUGCUCCCAAGGUGUGGGGUCCUGGCUGGGGCUGGCAGGUGGUUCCUGAGUGUUCUGAGGAGCAGCAGGAGCAGAAGGUGCUCUGGGAGAUCCUGGUGUGGCUGUGAAGAUUCCAGCCUGAAGAGGAAGAACAUGGCAGCUUUCCUGGGGAUGGGGAGGGGCCCUGUGGGCUGUUUCACCUCCAUUUUGCAUAAAUUUGUUGUACAACUUUUGUUCUUUUCUGCCUUGGAGCUGCUCUGGGUGGGGAGGACGAAGCCCAGCCCGUUGUGUCUCUGCUCUGUUGGGUCUGAACCAGGUGGGGAAAGGGGGGAAGUGACAAAUCCUGGGGCCAUCAGGGCAGGGCUGGGGCUGUCCUGGCACUGCUGGGGACAGGGGACACAGGGACAGCCGUGUCCCCUCCUUGCAAGGACACAGCCAUGUCCCCUCCUCUGCCAUGGCCUGAGGGAGCAGGGAUCAGUUCGUUCCUCAUUCCAGCCCCACACAGACAGUGACUUCUCUGGCAUGGUCACAGAUUCGGACCCCAGUGACAGGGUGGGCAGGGGACAGCUCCUCCCCAGGGCUCAUGGCAGAACACCAGGGAAUCACCUGUGUGCUGAGAGGGUCAUCCCUGGCCCAUCCCAAAUUCUGGGUGACACCAUUGGUUCAGCCCAGGUGUGCUGAGUGGGGCUCCUCAUUGUGGGUGCAGUUUAACCCCAGGUGUGCUGAAUGGGGCUCCUCUUUGUGGGUGCAGUUUAACCCCAGGUGUGCUGAAUGAGGCUCCUCGUUUGGCUCUGAGGGGAGCAGCUCCUCCAGGCUGGCCCUGGCACAGCAGAGGAACCUUCAAAGUGUGGGACUGUGGCUCCUCCUGCCCUGGUGAGUGUCUGGCUUUCAUCUCAUGUUUAAUGUCUGUGGUUUUAAUCCCUGAUCCAUUGGUGACAUUUUUCUGUGUUUCUGGUUGGUAUUUGACGAUGGGAGCUUUGGGGUGGGUUGGUUAGGGGAGGCUCUGCAGCCAGAGCUGUGCUUUGGGUGGAAGCUGGAGGAACCCAGCCCAGCUCAGACAGGAGCAUGGGGCUGUGGCUGCUCAGGGCCUGUCUCUGGGUGCCCCUGUUGGGAUCUGGGUGUUUGGAUCCAUGGAGGGUCCGUGUGCUCAGCCUGUGAGGGAUCCAGGGCUGGGGACACUGCAGGGGACUCUGCUGUCCUCGGCUGGCCUGAGUCCCCCCAGCUGCCUCUGCCCGUGGGUGAGGGAAAAUCAGGUGAAAAAAUAAAAAACAACAGCAUCAAAACCAGCUCUGCAUCAGUGCCCCGGCUUCCCUCUGCGUGAGGCCCUGAACUCCUCCCGAGCCCAGGUGAGCUCGGGUGACUCUGGAUGAGUCACCUGGGGAGGGGAUGGUGCUGCGGUGCCCCGUGAGCCCUGCUGGGGCUCUGUGUGUGCCUUUGGGCUCUGGGGUGCUCUCCCAGCUGCCCAAACGGGGCAGUUCAGCCCUUCCUAAAGGAAGGGACUAAUCUCUGUGUUUGGUGUCUGCUGGUGGCUCUUUGGACACAAUAAGGGAUUAACUUGGUCUUUAUCUAAUUGGUUUAUAACCCUGGGAAGGGAAAAUCGCUUUGUAAUGCUCGAAACCUCUUAACAGAAACUCAGAGACUGGAGCUUGAGUGUCCUUCGAAAUAAACUCAUAGAUGGCUUGUCUUUUUUAA